AUGUCCUACCAAGGCAAGAAGAACACCCCGCGGAUCGCGAGCGAACGUCUUCUGAUCAAGGGAGGCAGAAUCGUCAACGAUGAUCAAUUCUUUUAUGCUGAUAUUUACAUGGAAGACAGCUUAAUAAAGCAAAUUGGAGACAAUCUGAUUGUGCCUGGAGGGGUGAAGACCAUUGAGGUCAAUGGGAAAAUGGUGAUCCCUGGAGGCAUCAAUGUCCACACUCACUUCCAGAUGCCCUACAAGGGAAUGACAACAGUGGAUGACUUCUUCCAAGGGACCAAGGCUGCCUUAGUGGGGGGCACCACCAUGAUCAUUGACCACGUGGUGCCCGAGCCUGAGUCCAGCCUGACGGAGGCCUAUGAGAAGUGGCGGGAGUGGGCCGAUGGCAAGAGUUGCUGUGAUUAUUCCUUACACAUGGACAUUACCCACUGGAAUGACAGCAUCAAGCAGGAGGUGCAGAGCCUUAUCAAGGACAAAGGGGUGAACUCCUUCAUGGUUUCCAUGGCCUAUAAGGAUUUGUAUCAAAUGUCGAUGUUUCAGCUGUAUGAGAUCUUCACCUGUCUGGGAGAGCUGGGAGCCAUCGCUCAGGUGCACGCUGAGAAUGGGGAUAUCAUUGCCCAGGAACAAACCCGGAUGUUGGAAAUGGGGAUAACCGGCCCAGAAGGCCAUGUACUGAGCAGACCAGAGGAGCUGGAAGCUGAGGCUGUGUUCCGUGCCAUCACCAUCGCCAGCCAAACCAACUGUCCUCUCUACGUCACGAAGGUCAUGAGUAAGAGCGCAGCCGACCUCAUCUCGCAAGCCAGGAAAAAAGGAAACGUGGUCUUUGGGGAGCCCAUCACCGCCAGCCUGGGCACGGAUGGGACCCAUUACUGGAGCAAGAACUGGGCCAAGGCGGCUGCGUUUGUGACAUCCCCACCUCUGAGUCCUGACCCAACCACCCCUGACUACAUCAACUCCUUGCUGGCCAGUGGGGACCUGCAGCUCUCCGGGAGUGCCCACUGCACCUUCAGCACUGCCCAGAAGGCCAUCGGGAAGGACAACUUCACAGCCAUUCCCGAGGGCACCAAUGGUGUGGAGGAGCGGAUGUCUGUCAUCUGGGACAAGGCCGUGGCCACGGGGAAAAUGGAUGAAAACCAGUUCGUGGCCGUGACAAGCACAAAUGCUGCCAAGAUCUUCAACCUGUAUCCCCGCAAGGGAAGAAUAUCUGUGGGCUCUGACAGCGACCUGGUGAUCUGGGAUCCAGAUGCUGUCAAGAUCGUCUCUGCCAAGAACCACCAGUCGGCUGCAGAGUACAACAUCUUUGAAGGGAUGGAGCUGCGCGGGGCUCCUCUGGUGGUCAUCUGCCAGGGCAAGAUCAUGCUGGAAGAUGGCAACCUGCACGUGACCCAGGGGGCUGGCCGCUUCAUUCCCUGCAGCCCCUUCUCGGACUAUGUCUACAAGCGCAUUAAAGCCCGGAGGAAGAUGGCGGACCUGCACGCAGUGCCCAGGGGCAUGUAUGACGGGCCGGUGUUCGACCUGACCACCACGCCCAAGGGGGGGACCCCCGCCGGCUCCACCCGGGGCUCUCCCACGCGGCCCAACCCGCCUGUGAGGAACCUCCAUCAGUCCGGAUUUAGCCUGUCAGGCACCCAAGUGGAUGAGGGGGUCCGCUCGGCCAGCAAGCGCAUCGUGGCGCCCCCUGGAGGCCGUUCUAACAUCACAUCCCUGAGUUAAGCGACCCCUCCCCCAAAGAGAGGGGCAGAAGCAAGAAGCGAUUCUUUUGAAGCCAAAAUGGUACACCAAUAUUUAAGAAGGAAAGUGAAUCCAAACAGUUUCGAUCUAAAGAAUCAAUAAGCCUCAAGCCUUAUGUUUCUCCAAUGUUAACGCUCGCUUGCCUAGCUUUACGAAUAUUGCUUUGUUUUCUGUUUCUGCAUAGCCUUGAUUUGUUGGACGCCUCUACCCCCCAUUUACAUGCAUGCAAUCAGGCCACUAAGGUAAAAGCAUCUGCUAUAUAGUGUUGAGAGCGUGUGUAGUGCUGCAUCUUACGACAAGGGGACAGACAAAGCUGGGACGUCAGGAAAAUGAACAAAAGGGACGCCAGUUAUUUGGGGUGAGUGGGUGGUGGGAGCCCAGAGCAAGGCAGAGGGCUCAGAGGGACUGGGGUAGGGUGUGUAUGGGGGAGGCGGGUGGGUGAGCAUAAGGGGUCUUGUGUAUUGUGUUGAUGAAGUACGUUGAUUUCCACGGAAGAUGGCCACUCGGGGCAGCUGUCACGCCAUCACGGCCCCCUGGGGUCUGCGGAGAAGGCAGGCAGUCUUCGGGUUCUGGACUUUGUCACAUCCCCUCCUAGUAGAUUUUAUCCUUUGGAACAUUUUAUUAAAACACCAAAACACCAAAACCCAACCAUUGCUUCCACCUGCUUUGGUCGUGCCGGUGUUUGGUCGGGCCUUUUUCUCACUGUUGCUUUCAAAUUCUUCUCUUUCCUGGGUUGGGAAGGAAGAGGGGAGAGAGGAAAGGACCUUUCUCUUCCUCUUGCCCUCCCUGCCUCUUUGGUGCUCUUAAAAGGCAGCAGCUGAGAGCACAGCACAGGCCCUGGGGGGAGGGCAGCCACGCUUAAAUAGCGCCUCCCUCUAAACACGUGUUGGAGCUCACCUCUCACGGCUCUUUGCAAACCGAGGCAAGCAGGGGGCUUCUCGAGUUAGGACUGGAGCUGAGAUGGGCUUCUCUUGCCAGGGGUGAGUGAUUCUCUUGAUCUCCUAAGAUCCAGGCACAUCCAUGAUUGAAUAUGAUUUGUCAUUAUUGUUAAAAAUUUGUUUGCUUAGAUGUUCCCUAGCUUUUAUUAUUAAUAGGGAGUCUCGGCUCUUAUGGGAGGCCAGCAGGGCUGUGGGAAAGCCAGUCUGGAGAGGAAGGAGCACGCUCUGUGGCCGUGGUUCUCUUUGUCAAUUCUGAACCAUCUCUUACCCCUUCCGUUAGCAUAUCCUUUAGGGGAACUUUCUGUUUUAGUACCAGAAUCUCCUAGUGAGUGGAAGUGACAUGACACGUAAAGGAAAUUAGCAUAAAGCAUUAGCAGCCACCUUGUCUGUCAGACAUGAAUGUCCAAUUCCCUAUCGUGCCACUUCUGAAAAUUCAGUUUUGGAGCAAGUUCUGUGAGCCCAGUGAGAAUCUGUAGAACCAGGAGGCCCAUAUGCAGGAAAAAUAGAUUCAACCUGGGAUCAGACUUCGGUGCUCAGGGGAUCCAGCUGGUAGAUCCCGCAACUCUGUGUACUAAGUACUUUCAAGAAAAGAGCAGGCCUCGAGCACCUUUCAGGUGCUUAGGAGAAGCCAUUAUCUCUUCAGGUUUUAAUAAGACCAGAGAACAGGGGACACGUGGCUAAAAAGGAAUUUGGAAAUAGCCAAGGAAGAGGAUUUCCCUAGCAAGCUACUUUCUGUUCUAAUCAUGAAAAAGAUGAUUUCCCUUCAUAAAAGGAGUCUUGCUGUUUUUAAGGCUUUUUCACGGUGCCUUUAUUUUAAGGGAAACGUAAGCGAAGGGGAGGAUGUAGCUCUUGAUUUAUAACUCAAAGAUUUGGGGGCCUGUGGUACAGCAGAACUCAGAAUGACAGUUUUGCAAGCAGAGGAGCUAGUCAGAUCUGAAGCAUCUGUAUAUAUGCCUCAUUGGCUGGGCUGGGCUUUAGGAUACGUUGCA